UUGUUGGGAACAUUAGCUGCCGUUUACUUGCUUUGACUCCUCUUAAACUUCUCCCUGCUGCAAUGAGAACCUGCGUUGCCGCUGUUCUUCUCGCUUUUGUCACCUUCGCAAUCCUCACUUCCGCUGCUCCAGCGGGAGGAGAGGAUGAGCACGGCGACCGGCACGUGCGAGUCACGUGCGACCUGCUGAGCGCGUUCGGCGUGGAAGACUGCGUGCGCCGCGCGCUGCAUCGCCAUGAACAAGGGCUACAAGGGCGGCCACUGCGAGGACGGCGUGUGCCACUGCCGCAAGUAGCGGGGGACCGUGGCCCUCACGUCUCCAGUGACACGUCGCCACGCCCUCACUCUUCGACUUAUGUGCCAUUGCCAAGCAUCUACUAA